AUGAACGAUGGAUCGCUGGAAGACACAACCUCGAAGCUCGCCGAGCUGCUCAAGAACCCGGACGACCUCGACAAGCUGCCCUCCCUCCGCGGCGAGUUCACGCGCAAGAAGGCGGCCAUCGACGGCCAGCUCAAGCAUGGCCUUAAGGAACAGCUCGAGAUCACCCAGAAUGGUAUGACGAGCAUCAACGAAGGCCAAAAAAUUGUCGGCCUGAUCAAGGAAGAGAUGAUGAAGAUUGACAAGCUAUGCGCCGAAGCCCAGGGCAUGAUCGAGGACUUCCCCGAGAUUAACAAGAUGAGCGUGAUGCAGAGGAACUUUGCGGCUGUGGAGAGUGUCAAGGCGAGCAUAGACACCUUUGGCCAGCAGUUGAGUGAGCUGGAGGCGCUCUUGAAGGAGGACGAGGAGGACAUGGACAAUCAGCCUAAUCUGUUGGCUGUGCAUGCUGGCUUGACUGGACUGCGGGAUGUGCGAGAUCAGGCGAUGGAUCAGGUCAAGGGCAGUGCCGACGGUGAGAGCGGCCUGGAGCUGAUCGAGAACCUCCCGCUCGAGGGAGGCGUCACAUUACGGGACCACUUUGCGCGGCUGGACGACGUGGUAGACUGGUUCGACGAGCACGUCGGCACAGCGUGUAUCAACAUCAUAUCUAUUGUACAAGCAGGAAAUAAUGGUCUGGUUGUACGCUUGGCGCUGGUCAUAGAGGAGGAAGAGAAGAAAGAUCGCCAAACGAAAGCAUUACAAGACGCGCAACGAGAGUUUCAAGACGUUGCAUCACGAUUCAAGAGCAUAAAUGUUGGUCAAAGAGAGCUUCGUGGCUACAAGAAAAAGUUCUUGCAAGCUGUGGAAGCCAGCGCCACCGCACAAUUCGAGCAAGUCAAGCAAGCAUUCGAUGAGGACCCAGAGAAAUUGGAGAAGGCCGUCAGGUGGUUCUUCAACGAUCUCAACACUGUCAAGCUGGGACUGCAGGAAUUGAUGCCGAAGAAGUGGAAGAUCUUUCAAACGUUUACGAACAUCUACCACAAGCUCAUGCAUGACUUUCUUGUGCAGAGGCUGGACGAUAAGGACAUCACACCUGUGCACAUGCUGGCAAUUCUCAACUGGGUGGAGAAGUACUACAGCAAGAUGACACGGCUUGGCAUGAAGCCAGAAGAGCUACGACCUCACGUAAUCGACGAGCGCGAGACGGAGCUUGUUCGCGAAUAUCGCAGUCUCAUCACCCGCGCUGUGGAAGAAUGGAUGGACCGUAUGGCAGCUUCAGACCGCAAGACGUUCCUCUCGCGUACAGAAGGAAGUUUGGACCAGGAUGCCGAUGAUCAACUACACACGAAGAGUCUGAGCGAUAUGUGGACUAUGCUUAGAGAGCAGCUCGCAGUCGCGCAGUCUUCCGGACGGCCCGAUGUGGUUGAGGGUGUUGUAGACGCCAUGAUCCGCGCGCUCAAAGGUCGACAGCAGAUGUGGGAACGUCUUGUGGACGACGAGUAUCGCAAGGUCGAGAUGGCGCAAGACACAUCCGCUCUCGAAGGCGUCGGCACAUUGCAAGAGUGGCUCGUUGCAAUUGCCAACGAUCAAAUCACUAACAUUGAUGACGACCCGGAGCAUAACGCCAUGUCGUUCUUGACCCGUUUCAAGGCAGACUUCGAACCACUUGUGACACCUUCGUACGCAAUCACAUCCAGCACUGAGAUCGAACAUCUCACAAACGGUUACGUCGAUCUUGCGACACAUUGCAUGUCCCUUUUCGCAGCAAUAAUUUUCGCCACAGAUAUCAAGCCGGUGCUCAGCGAAUUCUUUACACAGUCGUGGUACCAGAAGAAGACCAUGGCAUCCAUUACAACCACGUUCGAAGACUACCUCAAGGAUUUUACUGGCAUAUUACACCCAUCACUACAAGACAUCUUUAUCGAAGAGCUCGCCGACGCGUUACUCCAGCGCUACCUCGAAUGUGUUAAGAACAAGGGCGUCAAGUUCCGCCGCCAGGACCCCUUCACCGAGAAAAUCAAGGACGACGUGGUCACGGUUUUCAACUUCUUCAGUCAACAUGGCGCAGCUUUUGACUUGGUCAAGGACAAGUGGCGUGCGGUUAAUUCCUUUGAGAACAUCUUGUCCGCGCCGAAGGGCCCAGGUGUUGUGGAAGCCUUUGAAAGGAUGAAAACUGGGUACUGGGACGUGCAGAUAGGAUGGGUCGAAGCUGUACUGCGGUCGCGAGAUGACUUUGAUCGUGGGAUGCUCAGUAGCAUCAAGAAUACUGCGGCGAAUAUGAGUGUGGAAAGAGGACCAGAAACUGUCCUGGGCAAGGUCAAGUGA